GCAGGGACAGAGACUAUCUUCUCUAUUGUGGCGAUCAUCGGCGCUUUGAAUCUCCCGUCGACCAGCUAAUGGAGACUCCUUAUCCGAUACCCAUCUCUCCAUCUCGGACCCGCGUCGGAUGGAUCGGCAUCGGGAUCAUGGGAGAAGCAAUGGCGGGUCACGUCCUCUCUGCCGGCUACUCCCUCACCGUCUACGUUCGGACUCCGUCUAAAGCCUCUUCUCUCGUUUCCCGUGGUGCUCAUCUCGCAACCUCUCCGCAAGAACUGGCUCAGAGGUCCGACGUUGUCUUUACAAUGGUGGGUAACCCGCACGAUGUUCGACAAAUUGUCUUAGAGAAAAAUGGGCUUCUAUCGGGCCUCAAUCCCGGCGCUGUCAUCGUGGACACCACCAGCAGCAGCCCUCCUCUCGCGCGCGAGAUCUUCUCUUCUUGCCGCGCAAAAGGUUGCUGGUCUGUUGAUGCCCCAGUUUCCGGUGGUGACACUGGCGCCAGAGAUGCGAAACUGGCAAUUUUCCCUGCAGGCGACAGAGAAGUAGUACAGUGGUUAACGCCACUGUUUAAUCUGAUGGGGAGAGCAACUUAUAUGGGCGAGGCUGGAUGCGGGCAGGCUUGCAAGAUAGGGAAUCAGAUAAUCGUGGGGGCUAACCUGUUGGGGUUGAGUGAGGGGUUUGUGUUUGCAGAAAAGGCUGGGUUAGAUGUGCGGAAGUUUAUGGAGGCGGUGAGAGGCGGGGCGGCAGGGUCGAUGGCGAUGGAAAUAUGGGGGGAUAGGGUGAUCGGGAGGGACUUUAGGCCAGGUGGUUUUUCAGAGUACAUGGUAAAGGAUUUGGGAAUGGGGGUGGAUGUGGUGGAGGAGGAGGAUGAUAAGAGGGUAGCAGCAUUGCCAGGGGCAGCGUUAAGCAAGCAGCUGUACUCGGCAAUGGUGGCCAAUGGAGAUGGGAAGCUUGGAAGUCAAGCACUCAUAACUGUUGUGGAGAGGAUCAAUGGAAAGUGAGCUUGCAUUCUGCCUCUGUUAGCGGAGAAUAAUGUAAAAAUGUGUGUGCCUUAAAUUAUCAUCAGAAAUGGAUUUACAAGGGUGAACUUUGCUGUUUCUGCCUGGUUUAUAAUGCGAAUGUAUUAAUAAAUUCCAUAUGUCACAAAGUACUACUUCAGUUUCAAAUUAUUUGGAGUUGCAGUUUUGGAGUGUUUUUUCGGUCAUUAUCUAAUUAGAAACAGGCCAAACUCUAUGUUAACAUCCUUGGAAUUAUUUAUAAUGGAAUUUUUUAAUAUAUGUCUUUAAGGCAU